AUGGGCAUCGAUAAUAAAAAGAUAGUUGAUGAAUUAAAUGAAUCAACAUCAUCAUCAUCGUCAUCAUCAUCGUCAACCUCAAUAAAACAUGUUAUUGAUAAAGUUUUAAUAAGAUCAACAAACACAACAACAAUAUCACCAAAUUUAAAAUCUUCAAAGAAACCCAAAAAAACUAUUUUGGAUAAUAAAAAAGAUUCAGAAGAUUUAUUUGAACAACCAGACCAAUUAGAAACAAAUGUUUCCUCAACAAUUUCAUAUUUAAUUGAAUCAAAGAAAAAACUAUUUAAUCAAGUUCAAAUUGAAUUAGAUAAAUCAUCAAAUAAAAAAAUUGGUAUUAUAAAUUUACAAAAUGAUAUUAAAACAUUAGAGAUUGAAAAAGAGGAAGCUAUUAAACGAAUUAAAGAUGCAGAAGAUGGUAUAAUCAAUAGAAUUGAAAAGACAGUUUCAUUCGAUAGAGAAUUAAGAUCAAGAUUAUCAUCAAUCGAGAGUGUAAUUAAUAUAAUUGAAUAUUUUGAACAUUACAAUCACCUAUUACAACAAUAUCAACAAGAGAUUAAAAGUCAACAAUUUAUAUCAGCAACCAACACAUUCAUUAAAAUGUCUGAUUGGUUCAAUCAAUCAAACAAUCAACCCUAUGAAUUAUCAAUGAUUCUAUCAGCACCAACUCAACAACCAAGAAUUAUACCAUCAAUUAAAGAUCAAUUAAAAAAAAGAAAGAAUCAAUUAAAAUCAACAUUAUUAGAAUCUUUUACAAAUUCAAUUAUUAUAACUUCAAAUUUUGAAAUUCAAUUAUUUCAAAUUGAAAAUAAUAAUAAAAAAUAUCAAUCAUCAUCAUCUUCAUCACAAUCUUAUACAGUAGAUUUAAUUCAAUCAUUAGAAUUAUUAGGUUUAUUUAAUCAUACAAUUACUUCAUUUACAUCUACUUUAUUUCAAUCAUUUUUACAACCAAUUAUAAAGAAAUUAAAUUCAUUAGUUCAAGAUGAUAAUUAUUUUAUUAAUAAAAUAAAUAAACAACAACAACAACAAAGAAACCUAUAUAAGGAAGAAGAAAUUGAUAAUGGUGAAUUAAUUUGUUUUAAAUUUUGUGAAAAUGAUGAUAAUAAUAAUAAUAAUAAUAUAGGGAAAAUAAUAACUAUUCCAAUGAUUUAUGAGUUUAUAAUCAAAUUAUUUGAAUUUUUAAAAAGAAAUUUAUUUGGAUCGUCAAAUGAAGAAAUUAUUAAAAAAUUUGGACAAGAGAUUUGGAGUGAUCUAUCUCAAUGUAUAUUGGAUGAAUUAUUAAAAUAUAGAAUACCAAAAGAUAUAAAUCAAUUAAAUCAAUAUCAUUCAACUAUAAAAAAUUCAACAAUUGAUUUUGAAUCAAAAAUUACGAAUGAUAUUUUAUUUUUAACAAAUAAUAAUAAUAUUAUCAAUUCAUCAUUAUCAUCAUCAUCGUCAUCAUCAAAAAUUAUAAAAACCAAUCAAUUAACAGAAUUUGUAAAUAAUAUUGAAUUCCAUUAUUCUGAAAGAAAAAGAAUGUUACUUUUAUCAAAAGCUAGAGAAAUUAUAUUAAAAGAUAGAUAUCAAUCAAUUCAAUCAAAUGAUUCAAUUUUAUUUUCAAAUUGUAAUAUAAAUAAUAAUAAUAAUAAUAAUAAUAAUAAUAAUAAUAAUAAUAAUAAUAAUAAUAAUAAUAAUAAUAAUAAUAAUAAUAAUAAUAAUAAUAAUAAUUCAAUUUGCACAAUUCAAGGAUAUUAUUUCGAAAAUAGAUUAAUAUUAGAAUCAACUAAUUCAUUAUUAUCAUUAUGUAUUUCAACAUUAAAAGAAUCAAAAAAUGAUAGUAAUAUAUCAUUUCAAAGUUGUAGAGAUAUUUUUGACAUUUAUCAAGCAAUCUAUUUAAAACAUCAUAUUUCUAAAUUAGAAAAAGUACCAACUUUAGCAUGUUUAUUUUAUAAUAGUUGUUUAUUCUUUUCUCAUUGCUUUUUAAUUUUAUCAAUUGAAAAUAAUAAUAAUAAUAAUAAUAAUAAUGAUAAUAAUAAUAAAAAUGAAAUAUUUACAUUCAUUGAUUUUUCAAAUAAAUUUAAAGAAAUUGGUAAUAUAUUUUUUAGUAAAUAUAUUAGAGAACAAUUGAAAUGGAUAUUAUCAUUUUUAGAGAAUACGGAAUUUUCAAAUCGUUUAGAGAAUACUAAAGAUCAAUUAGUGUUUAGUAAAAUUCAAAAUAAUUUCACAAAUAUGAAUAAUGAAUUAAAUAGAUUAUCAUGUAUUUGGAAGGACGUUUUCCCAAGAGAAGAUUAUUUUGAAUUAAUUUCAAAAUUCUCUGAAUCAAUCAUAGCAACCAUUAUAAAGAUGAUUUUAAAAUUACAAAAUAUUGAAAUGGUAGAAACUCAAAAAUUAUCUGAAUUAAUAUCUUCACUAUAUCCAGUUUUCAUUAGAUUUUUCAUUUUCAAUGGUGAAUCUGAAGAUUUACAUAAGAAUAGAAUGAAAUUAGUUAAAAGUUGGAAAAAGUUUUGGCAAAUUAAAAUGGUAUUAGAAUUACCAUUAAGUGAAAUAGUUGCACUCUAUAAUAAAGGUCAUCUAAAUAAAUUAUCAAAUAAUGAAUUAAGAUUAUUAAUCUUAAGUAUUUUUGAUGAUUUUGAUUUAAAAACUCAAUUCUUAUCACAAUUAAAUAAACAAAUUCAACAACAAUCUAAACAAUAA